CCUGCUGUCUGUCUUUCUGACCACAGGCCCAGUACAGUGUUAGGCUCCGCACAGCCCCCCCUUCAGGCAUCAACCCAUCUAGGAAAAGACUGGCCAUUGCUAUGUUUGAUGCUGACAACAUGUAUAUGAAUGACAGCAACCAAGAGUUUCGGUCGCCAAAUCAGAGCUACUCCAGUCAGGGCAGAGGCAGCGGCGGCGGCGGUGGAGGAGGAGGAGGAGGGGGUGGAGGAGGAGGCACAGGGGACGAAGACUAUGAGAUUCCCCCCAUCACGCCUCCAAACCACGUCGACCCUUCUCUACUUCACCUCACAGAGCACGAGUCGGGCUACCCCUUCCACUCUCUGCCUCACAACGGCUUGCUCAACACCUACUCCUAUCCCGAGCUGCCUGCCCUCAUGAUGUCCAACAUGCUGGGUCAGGACACUCACCUCCUCUCUGGGCCUAUGCACUCGAUAAGCAACGAGAAGCGGAGCGCGGCAGAAAUGAUGAAGCCCAAGCCCAAACCUCAGAAGAAGAAAAAGAAGAAGGACCCCAAUGAGCCACAGAAGCCCGUGUCGGCGUACGCGCUCUUCUUCAGAGACACCCAGGCUGCCAUCAAAGGCCAAAACCCCAACGCCACUUUUGGAGAUGUCUCCAAGAUCGUGGCCUCCAUGUGGGACAGCCUCGGGGAGGAACAGAAGCAGGGCUACAAGAGGAAAACUGAGGCAGCUAAGAAAGAGUACCUGAAAGCGUUGGCCGCGUACCGAGCCAGUCUGGUUUCCAAGACAUACAAUGAUCCUGAACCAAAAAGUGCCCAGCAGACCAGCCAAUCCUCUCACCUGCUGCCCCCCAAACAGCCCCUGUACAGCGUGCCCCCUCAGUCUUCUUCACCCUACCUGGGCCCCCCGGGCUCCUUCCCGCUCUCCGAGCUCCAGAGCUACGGUGGGCCCCCGCGCCACGCCCUGGGCCCGACCCUCAGCCAGUCCCAGAUGCUCCCGCCCAGCAUGAGUGCCUCUCCCCCAGCACCCUUCCAGAUCAGCCCACCUCUGCACCCGCACGCCCAGCUCUCCUUGCAUCUGAAUCAGCCAAUCCGCAUGCAGCAGUCGCAGCCAAUCAUCUCACACCAAAUGGGCCUCCAGGCGCCUCUGCAUUCCCCUCCGCUCAGCCAACAGGGAUUCUCCCAUCUUCAGGCUGAUUACCAGAACAGCGUCGGGGGCUCGCAGUCCCCAGGGGCACCCAAUCCAGUGCAUGGGCAGAACUCCGACUGGGAUGGCGAGUACUGCAACAGGGAAUGUGGACCCAACCACUGCGGCAGUGGCAUGGGAACCCGGGACAAGCCUCUCUACCUCACUUGAAGUUAUAUGACCUCCACAUGUCAGACUCCAGAGAGCUUUCUAACAUAACAACAGCAUCAUUGAUGUAUCUGCUUUUUAUUCAUUUUGUUUUUUUCUUUCUUCUUCUUCUUCUUCUUUUUCUUCUGAUGGAUUUUGAAAAUCCCAAAGACUGCUACAGUACCACCUUUUUGCCAAGCACUUAAUCGGCCACAAGCCCAAGGCACUUCCUUUGCUUUCUUUUUUUUUCCCCCUCUCCUGGUCUGCGAACAUUGUUUUUGGAGGUGGCAGUGAGCUUAAAGCUCAUGCCGGCAUACUGGAAAUGAGGGCCAAAAAUGUCCUCUCGUCUCGUUUUGAUUUUUUUUUUAUUUUUUUUUUUGCAAAAUCGCUUUCCUUUUCUCUCACUUUCUCUAUGUUUGCCAUGAACUAUCCUUAUUAGGAAGAUGAAAUGCUUAAAGCAUACUCAAAGGUAGAAAAUGUAACGCAGGAAAAUAGAAUAUAGUUGCUUCAUGAGGGGUGGACGUACUUCAGGACUUUCUGAAACACCCCCGGAUGAAGGAAAAGCAACAUUUUAAUGAAGGUGUCGUCGAGAAUACAUAAGCCGUUUGUAAAUCAUUGCUCCGCUUACUAAAGGACUUUAUUUCCUUUGUCACAGAGUGAUUGUAAAUAUCACCAAAAUGGAACCCUCUGUGUAUUGAGCUGCCCUCUGCCAUUUUUUUUUUUUUUUUCUUAGAAAAAAAAAAAACCUCUCUUGUUUGGUUACGUGAUUUUUCUGUGCGGGUGGAUUCAGUGAGGGGCCACACACAUUAGAGCUCAAGUCGACGCUGUGUUCAUGUCUCUCCAAAAAAAUGUAAAAGCAGGAAAUGCGAAGGCUGAAAACUGUUUGUUGUCUUCGUCGGCCGAGCGGAACUCCUUUAGAGGACGUCACUCUGCUUGCACGGCCUCAGGACGUUACAGGGGGUUAACGAUUAAACCAAUCCCCUUCUAGCUCCUCCUACUCUUGUCAAUAAGGUCCGCCUCCUUUGCCUAUAGCCCCGCCUUCCAUCCUUUUAGUCUCACAUCACUUGUACAGGUGAAGUAAAAAAGAAAAAAAAAAUAUGUUGCUAAAUGUGAAAUGUUACUAAAGAAAAAAAAA